AUGUAUCCUAAGAUGUCCACAAUAAUAAUUCUAACACUAAAUGCCAUAGUCAUAAAUGAAUUUCUUGAUGACAGAUGGAGUGUGCCAAAUCAAGAUCCCAAAAUUAGUGAGCUUACAGUUGGGAAAGCCAUCCUCAAGGCCAGAGGCAUCCCUGCUGAAGAAAAUGAAUUUUGGGUUUGCAUUGGAGCACUUUUUGGAUUUUCUCUUCUUUUCAACAUCUUAGUAAUUGCAGCUUUGACUUAUCUGAAUCCUAUAGGAGAUUCUAAAGCUGUUGUUCCAAAUGAAGAAAGUGAGAAAAGAGAAAUGGAGUCAUUUCAUAGAGAGAACGGUUCUUCAAAAGAUGUUAGCUCUAACAAAGAUGAAGAAAAGAGAGGAAUGGUUUUACCUUUCCAACCGCUUUCGAUCGCCUUUAACCAUAUCAACUACUUUGUUGACAUGCCUACUGAAAUGAAGAGUAAAAAAUAUGAAGGAGAUCGUCUUCAGUUGUUACGCGAUGUUAGUGGCGCUUUUAGACCAGGGAUACUAACAGCAAUAGUUGGUGUUAGUGGUGCUGGAAAGACAACUCUUAUGGAUGUCUUAGCAGGAAGAAAAACAGGAGGAUACAUAGAAGGAACCAUCAGCAUUUCUGGUUAUCCAAAGAACCAAUCGACAUUUGCUCGAAUUAGUGGUUAUUGUGAACAAAAUGACAUUCAUUCACCAAAUGUCACAGUCUAUGAAUCUCUACUCUAUUCAGCAUGGCUUCGCCUUUCUUCGAAUGUCAAUACAGAAUCAAGAAAGAUGUUUGUUGAUGAAAUUAUGGAAUUGGUAGAGCUAAAUCCAAUAAGAGAUGCUUUAGUUGGCCUUCCAAAUAUAAAUGGUCUUUCAACUGAACAAAGGAAAAGGCUAACAAUAGCUGUGGAAUUGGUCGCUAACCCAUCCAUCAUCUUCAUGGAUGAACCAACAUCUGGUCUUGAUGCUAGAGCAGCUGCCAUUGUCAUGCGAACGGUUAGAAACACCGUCGACACAGGUAGAACUGUUGUUUGUACUAUUCAUCAGCCAAGUAUAGACAUUUUUGAAGCUUUUGAUGAGUUACUACUGAUGAAAUUAGGAGGACAUGUGAUUUAUGCUGGACCACUUGGUAGCCAUUCUCAUAAGCUCAUUGAAUUCUUUGAAGCUAUUCCAAAGAUUCCCAAGAUUAAGGAUGGUUAUAAUCCUGCUACAUGGAUGCUUGAAAUCACUGAUCCAUAUUUUGAGGCUCAAAUUAAUGUUGAUUUUGCUGAAAUCUAUGCCAAAUCCUCACUUUACCAGAGAAACCAAGAGCUAAUCAACGAGCUUAGUACUCCAACACCGGGCUCGGACGACCUUCACUUCCCUACCAAAUACUCACAACCAUUUCUUGUUCAAUGCAAAGCUUGUUUUUGGAAACAACACUGGUCUUAUUGGAGAAACCCUGAAUACAAUGCCAUCCGGUUCUUUAGUACCACAAUCAUUGGUGCUAUAUUUGGUAUUGUCUUUUGGAACAAGGGACAACAAAUGACCAAACAACAAGAUGUGAUGAACAUUUUAGGAGGCAUGUUUCUUGUUGUACUUUUUCUUGGAGGUAACAAUGCUAAUGCAGUGCAGCCUAUAGUUUCCAUUGAAAGAACAGUUUCCUACCGCGAAAGAGCUGCAGGAAUGUAUUCAGCUGUGCCUUAUGCAUUUGCUCAGGUGGCCAUUGAGACAAUCUACACAGUAAUACAAUCAUUUGUAUUUUCAAUUAUACUCUUCUCUGUGCUACGUUUUGAAUGGACAGCAGGAAAGUUCAUGUGGCUCUACUACUACAUAACAAUGUGCUUCACCUAUUUCACCAUGUGUGGAAUGAUGGUUACUGCAUUGACUCCAGGGAUUGAGGUUGCUGCCAUUGUCAUGUCCUUCAUCUUGAGUUUUUGGAACUUGUUUGCUGGAUUUUUCCUUACUAGAAUGCAAAUUCCUAUAUGGUGGAGGUGGUACUAUUGGGCUUCUCCAGUAGCUUGGACAGUAUAUGGCUUAGUAACCUCUCAAUUGGGUGAUAAAGAUAUUGAGAUUGAGGUCUAUGGAUUUGGUACUGGUAUUCAAUUGAAGAUGUUUCUUAAGGAAAGUUUGGGUUUUGACUAUGACUUUCUUCCAGUUGUUGGCAUUGUUCAUCUAGCUUGGGUUUUACUCUUCUUCUUCGUAUUUGCUUAUGGCAUCAAGUAUCUCAAUUUUCAAAAAAGAUAGUUAAGCUAUAUUACCAUUCUAGUAGACCAAGAUCUUCAUACAACUAUAGUAGGAAAAUAAAAUAUAUCAUGAAAGUCAUGAUACUAUAUGACAAUCGAUACGAAUAUAAUUUGAUUAAUAUUAAAUCAUGUAAGUUAAAUUAAUGGUUUUUUUUUUUACAAUUCAAAACAGUUUUUUUUUUUUUUU